AGUGCCUUUGUCUUUGUGCUCGUCCUCCUUCUUCGCGUUGAAAUCGCGCUUAGGUUUUCCCCAUUCCAGGGCGCGGCGCAUCACGGCGGUAGCGCACGGCGCGUCUCCAAUCGCCGGCGCCAGAUCCUCGGGCUAGGUGCUGGCAUUCGGAGAUUUUCGGGGCUUAGAUCCAGGGCGCCGCCAUUGCCGAGCAGUGCAUGAAGGCGCGAUGAGGCGGCGGUGCUCGGCUCCCGGGUGAGAUUUUAGCAUGGAUUAGGGGAUACAGGGGAGGCGGCGGAAGAAAGGGAAGGAAAGGGGUUUUCUUGCUCUGAUAGCGGCUGUGGUGUGUGACAUACAAAAAGAUAUGUCGUCGCUCAGUAGGGAGCUCGUGUUCCUCAUCCUCCAGUUCCUCGACGAGGAGAAGUUCAAGGAGACUGUUCACAAGCUAGAGCAAGAGUCGGGAUUUUUUUUCAACAUGAAGUAUUUCGAGGACCAAGUUCAGAACGGGGAAUGGGAUGAAGUGGAGCGUUACUUGUCGGGCUUUACCAAGGUAGAUGACAAUCGCUAUUCAAUGAAGAUCUUUUUCGAAAUUCGCAAGCAAAAGUAUUUGGAAGCACUGGACAAGCAAGACAGAGCGAAAGCCGUUGAGAUUCUCGUCAAGGACCUCAAGGUGUUUGCGUCGUUCAAUGAGGACUUAUACAAAGAGAUUACACAGCUUCUUACUCUCGACAACUUUAGGUUCGUAAUGCCAGUACUCUCUACUUUUCUCUUGUCUAACCCGCUGGUUCACAGAGAAAAUGACCAACUGUCGAAGUAUGGAGAUACGAAAUCCGCAAGAAAUAUAAUGCUUAUCGAACUUAAAAAACUCAUCGAAGCGAAUCCUCUAUUUAGAGAAAAACAUCAAUUUCCAUCAUUGAAGGCAUCACGGCUUCGCACCCUUAUCAACCAGAGUCUGAAUUGGCAACAUCAAUUAUGUAAAAAUCCUCGGCCCAAUCCCGACAUCAAAACUUUAUUUAUCGAUCACAGUUGUGGUCCUCCGAACGGAGCGCGUGCGCCUCCGCCUGCCAACAAUCCUUUAGUUGGAGCGAUGCAGAAAACUGCGGCCUUCCCUCCACUUGGAGCACACGGGCCUUUUCAACCAUCUGCUGGUCCUCCUGCAAGUGCGCUAGCCGGUUGGAUGGGAAAUGCAAAUUCCGCAGCCCCUCACGCAGCAGUAGCUCCUGGCCAGGCGCUAGCUGGUCCGCCAAAUCCAGCUGCUCUUUUGAAGCGUCCCAGAACACCACCGGCAAAUUCGACCAUUGACUAUCAGUCGGCAGAUUCGGAACACAUUCUUAAACGCCCGCGUCCUCAGGCAGACGAGGUGAACUAUGCUGGAGCAAGUCAUCAACGCAACGCUACUUUGGACGAUCUUCCAAAGACACAUGCUAGAACUUUAAACCAGACGUCGUCCGUGACUAGCAUGGACUUUCAUCCAAUGCAUCAAACCGUAUUGCUUGUGGGUACAAAUAUUGGCGAAAUUAGCAUCUGGGAGGUAGCAUCGCGAGAGAAAUUGGCAUAUCGGACUUUCAAAGUGUGGGAUAUUUCUGCAUGUUCUGUUACGAUGCAGACGGCAUUUGUGAAGGACCCAGCUGUUCUUGUUCACAGGGUGGUUUGGAGUCCAGAUGGAGCUCUUAUCGGUGUGGCUUUCUCCAAAUUUAUUAUUCAUCUUUAUAUGUACAAUGGAACAUCUGAGCUUAGGCAACUUCACGAGAUCGAUGCUCAUGUUGGUGGAGUCAACGACCUUGCAUUUUCUCAUCCCAACAAGCAACUCUGUGUUAUUACUUGUGGAGACGAUAAGACCAUAAAGGUUUGGGAAGCCAUGACCGCUCGCAAGAUUUAUGUAUUUGAAGGUCAUGAGGCAGCAGUGUAUUCUGUAUGUCCACAUCAUAAAGAAAGCAUACAGUUUAUAUUUUCCACCGCACUUGAUGGUAAAAUCAAAGCUUGGCUUUACGAUAAUCUCGGUUCUCGAGUAGAUUAUGAUGCUCCUGGUCGCUGGUGCACAACAAUGGCUUACAGUGCGGAUGGAACAAGAUUGUUUUCUUGUGGAACAAGCAAGGAUGGUGAGUCUUUUCUUGUGGAGUGGAAUGAAAGUGAAGGUGCAAUAAAAAACACCUACAAUGGUUUUCGGAAACGCUCCAUCAAUGUGAUUCAGUUUGAUACUACACGGAAUCGGUUUUUGGCUGCUGGAGACGACUUCUCCAUCAAAAUAUGGGAUAUGGAUAAUAUUAAUCUUUUGACGACGAUAGAUGCCGACAGUGGUCUUCCGCCAAGCCCUCGUUUACGGUUUAACAAAGAAGGAACAUUACUGGCUGUAACCACUCAAGACAACUCCAUCAGAAUUCUAGCUAACAACGACGGUUUACGGCUUUUGAAUAGGGGGAUUGAGAAAGUAAAUGAGGUGAAGCCUGCGGUUAACACGCUUGCAGCAGUAAGUGGAGUAACUGCUCCAGUAGUCGCUGUAGAUAGAGUUCCGGCUGCAGUACCGAAUGGCGCUGAAAAUAGUCGUGCUGUCGAAGUAAAACCGCGUGCAGACGAAGGAAUUGACAAAAAGAAUUGGAAACUAGCUGAUUUAACUGAGCAAGCCCAUUGCCGGUCAAUAAGGUUAGGGGAUCAAAUGGCUGCGAGCAAGGUGUUGAGACUAAUUUACACUAACGCCGGAAAUGCACUUCUUGCACUUGGAUCAAACGCCAUUCAUAAAUUGUGGAAAUGGCAAAAGAACGACUGGAAUGUGGCUGGGAAGGCAACUGCUAAUUUUGCUCCCCAGCUAUGGCAACCUCCGAGUGCGGGCUUUAUGACAAAUGAUGUGGGCGAAACUGAUCCAGAAGAAGCUGUUCCGUGCAUCGCCUUGUCUAAAAAUGAUUCGUAUGUGAUGUCUGCCUCGGGUGGAAAAGUUCUGCUUUUCAACAUGAUGACGUUUAAGAUUAUGACACAAUUCAUGCCGCCUCCGCCAGCAGCAACAUUCCUCGCUUUUCAUCCUCAGGAUAAUAAUUUUAUUGCUAUCGGUAUGGAGGAUUCGGCUAUCCAUAUAUACAACGUUCGUGUCGAUGAGGUGAAAAGCAAACUAAAAGGGCAUUCCAAGAGAAUAACGGGACUUGCGUUUUCCAAUAAUCUUAAUAUUCUUGUUUCGUCUGGGGCUGACGGACAGCUCUGUGUUUGGGGAACCGAUGCAUGGGAUAAAAGAAAGUCCAAGUUUAUUCAAAUGCCGCCUGGGAAAGAUGCAACUCCCACUGGUGACACGAGGGUACAGUUCGACGUUGAUCAGACGCGGCUGUUGAUUGUGCACGAGACUCAGCUUGCAAUAUACGACGCUGCUAAGCUGGAACCAAUCCAUCAGUGGUAUCUUCGGGACCCCUUCCCUGCUUCCGUUUCGAGUGCUACAUUUUCAUGCGACAGCGAGCUCGUUUAUGCCGCUUUCAUCGAUGGCUCCGUGGGAGUGUUUGAGACGGAUGGUUUACGGCCAAGGUGCCGUCUAGCACCAUCAACUUAUCUUCCUCCUGGAGCUAGCGGGACUUCGGUGUACCCUCUAGCAAUCUCCGCUCAUCCAACCGAGAAGUAUCAAUUCGCUCUGGGACUAAGUGACGGUGGAGUUCUCGUUGUGGAACCAUUGGAACCCGACGGUAAGUGGGGGCCGAUUCCAGUCACAGACAAUGGAGCAGCAGCGUCGGGUGCUACUGGCGUUCCACCACCAGCGGAUCAAAACGCAGAGCAAUCGGGUGCCAGAGCGUCAUAGCACGAAGAAAGGAUUUCUAGGAAGAACUGAGAAGGCGAGCUAGAACUUCUCCAGGAAAGUGGGACGUCGAAAGAAUGGAAGAACAAACAAGACGAACAAGCGCUAGAGUACAUUUUGUUUAUAGCCAGAUGUUGGCUAUGUGUCGGUUUAUAUUUUUCCACGUGUCCACGCUAAGGUUGUACGGUGAAUAUGCUUUUUGUAUAUCCACUCGAAUAUAUUUCUUAUAUGCGGCA